CCCUACGCCUACAUUUCCCAGCGGGCCGCGCGGCCACGCUGACGCACGCAUGCGCCCUCGCAGCUCCCGCCCAGCCGGUUUGACCUCCAGCGGCGGAGAAGAUGGCCUCGCCCGCGGUGUCCGGGCUCUCCCGGCAGGUGCGAUGCUUCAGCACGUCUGUGGCCCGGCCGUUCGCCAAGCUCGUGCGGCCGCCUGUUCAGAUAUACGGUGUCGAAGGCCGCUAUGCCACUGCUCUGUACUCCGCUGCGUCCAAACAGAAUAAACUGGAUCAAGUAGAAAAGGAGUUGGCAAGAGUAGCACAAAUCCUGAAGGAACCCAAAAUGGCUGCUUCAAUUUUGAAUCCCUUUACAAAGCGUUCUAUUAAAGUGAAAAGCCUGAAUGACAUAACCAGCAAAGAGAAGUUUUCUCCCCUCACGUCCAACCUGAUCAAUCUGCUCGCUGAAAAUGGCCGCCUGACCAGCACCCCUGCCGUCAUCUCUGCCUUUUCCACCAUGAUGAGUGUCCACCGGGGAGAAGUCCCGUGCACCGUGACCACCGCGUCUGCUCUGGACGAAGCCUCUCUGACCGAGUUGAAGACGGUCCUGAAAAGCUUCCUGGGGAAAGGCCAGGUGUUGAAGCUGGAGGUGAAGACGGACCCGUCCAUCAUGGGCGGCAUGAUUGUGCGCAUCGGAGAGAAGUACGUUGACAUGUCUGCGAAAACCAAGAUCCAGAAGCUGAGCAAGGCCAUGCGGGAAGUGUUCUGAACGCAGUUUCUUGGUGGAAAUGUCAAACUUGGAGCAACAAUAAAAUGCUUCCUGAACAGAA